UACAACACCCAGCCCGCCGCCGGUUGGAAGGUUACGACUUCAUGGACAUUGUCACGGGAUCAGAUCCUUGCUUUCGUUUCGUUGAAAUCAGAGCUAUGGGCCCAGGCUGGGUGGAUCUGAUCAGAGCUCUGGGAGCGAUCACCCUCUUCGGGACAGGUUUUGGUGAUCUUAUUCGACCAUCCUCCGAUAGAGAAUCCGGGUGUCCUUCUUGUCUCUUCAACUUUUCAGCACCCAAGAACCAAGAGUACUUGGCAGUCUGCUCGACAGAGCUAAAUACCAUGCUGGAGAAAAGAGGAUUUCAGCACAAAACGCGCCUCUCGACUUUGAGCGAGGGGUUAUACUGGGGCGAGCGAGGCGACACAUUCCAGCACUGCCAAUGUUCUCAGCAUUCUACCAUGAAGCAGGACCGCAUCCAAGUUCUGCUGCGCGAUGGACCGGCUUGGUCGACAAAGGGCCUGACGACGCCCACAAGCCUGCCGGAAAGGGGGGCUGUUUUGUUCGGUCAUAGUGGGCCUUGGAUAGCUGGGUUGGGAAACUACUUGGGGCGUAAAAGGCCGGCCGUGCCAGCUGCCACGAUCCAUCAUACUCCUCAAACGUCUACACAGGAUGAGAGUUACUCAAUUGUUGGGACUGGCUCCUCUCGGAAACGCAGCAGAGCUUGAGAUAUCCUCAGAGGUUUUUCGGAGGCUGAAAUGGCUAGGACUAGUAUAGGAACCUUGAAUGAUCCC